AUGUUUUACUUGUACAAUAAAUUCACUUCCGCAUCGACGAGAAGUCAUGAAGAAAAAAAGGACAACAUCGUAGAUGCCGGGAGAGAUGCAACUCUUCCAGCUUCUGAGAAUGUCACCAGAGGGAGAAGCAGUGAAAGGGACAACAAGGCAGAGGAGGACGAUUUAUUCUGUGCCCUGGAGGAAAAUGAACGAAGUAGGGAAGUCAUAAUGGAAAAUGAAAGGCAUGAGAACGGAGUGGAAGAAGGAAGCGACAUUUUCUUAAUAGGUGAGAAAAUGAGCGCAAGAUGUUCUGCUUCCGAGUUUAGUAGACAGGGGGGGGACACUUGGUGGGAUGGCAACCCCACUUGGGGAGCGAUGGCUCCCCUGGAAGGCCAAGUUGGCACACACCUCGAUCAGCCAAGUGAACAUCACCAAAAUGGGUCCAAAACUGAUCAGCCAAAUGAAAAUGCCCAACACGGAGGUCCCCUGUGUGAAGAAUUUGACGAAGACGGUGACGAGUUUUUCAAAAUAGACCAAGACAAUUUUUCCUCCUUCACGUUUGCAGUUAGCUGUGCUACUGAAUGGAAGGGGGAAAAGGAACACUUGCAAAACUCAAACGAUGAAGCGCAAAUAAAAGAUUCCACUAAUGAACAACACAAGGAAUACCCUUUUGAAAAUGGUUACCUAUUUGAUAAUAGCUCCGAUCAUGUGAAGAUAAAUCUAUCCUUACAUCCCAGGGCUCAAAUGGAAAGUGGCAAUUUUGACCAAACAGUGAUGAACGGAUGUUCACCUAGGGGGGAAAUGGCCUCAUUUGUGGAAUUUAUAUCCCACGGAAAUUUGACAAGAUAUUUUAAUAAGGGGGAAGAAUGCGAAGAGGAAAAUGAAGGAGGCAUACAAUUUGAGGCCAAUGUUUCCACGCACAUCCAAGAGAGGGAAAGAAAUCUGGAAGGCAUUUUUAAAGAAGAAUCUGUGUUGCAUACACUGUUGGAGGGGGAACCUAUUGCUAGUGAGGGGGAAGAGGAAUGCCCAUUGGGGAUAAUUGAAGACAUCGAUGUGUCAUAUGAGAAGGAAUCCAGGGGAGAGACCCGGAACACGAUGAGUCGUAUCAGAGGGGUUGGCCAAGACCGGGUUGAAAAGGGGGCAGAGGUGAACAACCCAAAUGAAGCCGAAAAGGACACCACGAAUGAGCUCCAUAUGUUCGACCCAAUAAUGCCUGAUGACGAAGAAUCUGAGUGUAAUUUUUUCCAAGGAGUGCACUUCCCCCAAAAGUGGCAAGCUGCUCCCCGUGAAGGUCCACGUAGUGGUGACUAUAGCCAUGCCGACAAUGGCAAGAGCAAUUUCUGCCCCGUGGACAUACACAUUUGCCCCAAAAGUAGUGAAAACAAAUUCAAAUUGAAUUUCUGUUCAUAUGAAUUCCCCGGGCCAGCUAAUAUCAAUGGCCAAGAAGAGGAAGAUAGGGACGCCUGCUUUGAUAAUAAAAAGUUAGAGAAGAUAAGCGAAGAAUUGGAAACACAGAAUUGGAACCGCCCAAUUGAGAAUCCUUCUCGCGUAGAUAGCGAGAGAGGGGCGGUACAACCAAAGGUGGUAGGUGAAAAUGGUAAAGAAGUUCGAAGCAAAAACCUGUGUGAUGAAAAACAAGCCUGUGAAGUAGGACAAAGUGGUAUAACCGAAAAAUGGGACGAAAAAAAAUUGAUGCAGAUAAAUACCUUCCAAAGGACGAAUUUCGAAAUGGAUAAUGUAAAAAAGUCGUCUGAUGUUUUUUUAUGUCGUGACGAUGAACAGUAUGAAGUUGCUUCCAUUUCGGAGAAUCAUGGAGAGGAAUCAUUUUUUUUUGAAAAUAAGGAAAAGAUCGAAACAGUGAACCUAGAAAAGAGCGAUGAAAGGAAAGCUGUAUCUGUGGGUGAGGAGGUGCUUCUUGUGGAGGUGGCUGUGCAGGGCGGUGAGGAUGAUUUUUCGCUUUUUCAAAGUGAGCAGUCGGUGAGAGUAGUGGAAGUGGAAAAUGAGGAGAGCGCAUCCCUCCUUGAAAAUAAGCAAACGGUGGAGGUGGUGAACAUGCUGGACAUGAUGAACCUGCUGGACGUGGUGGAAGACGACGGAGGAGCGAGCGCAAAGGAGAGGAAUUUCUUCGAUAGAAAAGAAACCUACGAAACAGAAGAAGCCGCGGAAGAAAGCAAGAGGAAAACGCUGCAUGAUGUUUUUUCAUUCGAAACAGUGGAUUUAAAAAGUGGGAAUUCCAACGAAUCGGCCAAAAUUAGCACAUACAUAGGGUUAGACGAGUUCAGUGGGAAGAACGAGGUGGGGGGAAAUUUGUAUGAAACAGGAGAAGACACAGAAAGAGUUGCAGUGCAAAGGGAGGAAGAGGAAGGUGGCAAAGGGGAACAGGUUAACAUCGAAGAAAUGAAUGAAUCAAAGGGAGACAGCCAUUUUAGUGACAAAGAAAUGGAAGAAAUAAAAACAGUCGAAUUGGUUGGCCAAACUAAAAAGAAGUUUUACCCGCACAAAGAGGAAGAAGAUUCAGGUAAUGAUCACGAAUUAGAUGAGGAUAGCAAAUGCCUAGAAGAUAACCCAGAUGAUGAUGCAGAAGAUAUAUUAGGAGAGAAUCUCAUAAAGGAGGGUGAAGAAUUGAAUUCCAUUCUUCUUCCAAAGAUUACAAAUGAGCAAUUUGUGCAGGAACAAGAUAAUGGGACGGAAAAUAAAUUAGAGAGUUUAUUAUGUGUGCCCUCAAAUAUGAUGCAAAAAAAUUUUCUUUUUGAUCAACAUAAAAGAGACAUGCUCCCCACCACCGGUAGAGACACUAACCCAGUUCGUGCCAACGAUAUAGAGGAAAAAAACAGAUGGGAGGAAGAUAAACAAACUGAGUGCGUCGAAACGGUUAAGGAGCCGGAAAUCUGCAUGCAAAUAUGGAAUGAAUUUUACGAAAAGGAAGCAGCUCAAAAGGUGCACUGCCAUGGAAAGAUGAUCAAGGAGAAUGGGACGGAUGCGAUGACAGGGUUAACAGAUGAGGAAAUUUUCGAAGCAGCUAAUUUGAAUGAUAAAAAGGAGAAGAAGAAAAAAAAAAAAAAAAUUAAAAAAUCCCGCAUAAUAAGUGAAAAACCUUUUGAAUAUGAUUCGGGCAGUUUGAAAUAUUUGAAGGCCGUAAAGGAGCUACCACCACUAGAUUUUUUAAAGUGCAAAGAUUUGAGACCAUUUUUGCGUCUUUUUAACAUAGUUCUGAAGGCAGUGCGUAUGUUUCGCUCCAGCGAGGAUUACUUGUACGUUUUGGCGGGAGAUGAAACCGGGUGCAUUUACGUGAAGCUGGAAAUGAAGCAUGAGAAGUUCUGCCAGGAGGACCAAACCUUCAUGCUUGCCAAUUGCUGUGUAUCUGUUGAAGCGGGUCAUGCCUUUUUAGAAAUUAACGAGUACAGUGAUAUUUUCUCAUUGAAGUAUAACCCCAUAGGAACUGUGAACAAAAGCGUAAAUUUCUCUGAUUCGAAAUUUCUUGCAUUAUGA